AUGGAAGUUAUAAAAAAGUCCAAGAAACCCAAAAAGCGACGACAUAGAAACGAGGAUUCCAAAAAUGAAACGUCUUUGUCAAAUUAUGACAGCACGUCUGACGAUGGUAGCCAGUUACCGGAGUUUAAAAUUGAUAUUCAAAAAAAACGUAAAAGUCGGUCGGUGGAGACUCAAAUUGGAGAUGAAGGAAUCUUGAAUUUCGAGGCACAAUUGAGCACAAAAGAUGAACAAAUAAAAACUCUAACCGAGAGAUUACAUCAGACAAAGUCGAAACUAUAUGAAUCGAAAAAUGCUUAUACGGCCCUGAAACAAGAUUUCAACAAAGCUCAAAAAUUAUUGUGCAGCGAAGUCGGCGAAAACGUGAGUGUGGCCAGUUUAUCGAGUCAGGCCAACGCUGGUUGGCGUGGCAGAGCCGAGCAGAUUCGGCAAUUGCAGCAAAAAGUCUCGGAGCUGCAAAUGAAGCUGCCCGCGAGCGAACUGGGCCCCAAAAGGUCAUUGGUUUUGAGAAGAAACAGCGCCAGCAGACUACCAGAUCGGGAAAAGAAGCAGCAAAUCGAGAAUCUGACGCACGAAUUGAAGGAGAUGGAAAACGCGCUGAAUAAUGCGAAAAAGAAACUGGAAAUCAGCAGGGCUCGUGUGGCAGUUCUAGAGAGCGAGACCAACUCCACGAAAAGGGCCAUGAGUGCAUUGAGCGCAAAGUCCAACCACGACGAUCAGUUAAUCGAAGCUCUACAGGAAGAAUUGAAACAAGUCAAACUAAAGUCCCAAGAGCGAGAAACGAUAGCGGCGCACCAGACGGACAAGCACAAGCGAGAGGUCGUGUUGGUGCAGAGCGAGCUCGAAGCUUCUCAUUUGCAUUUGAACAGUUUGAGGCGUCAAAUGGAGGCCAAAGAGAGAGAACUGGAGCAGCUGAGAUGCAAAAGUGGAAGUCAAUCUCUGGCGAGAUCGGAGCAAGCCCUGGCGACGACCUGUAGAACCAGCCCCGUUGAGAGUGCGAGAAGCUCGACGGUCGUGGACACGAACGAGUGCUUGGCUAUUAGCAUCGCCGCCGAAGCAGAAAGGGAAAGGCUGCUGGAAUUGGUCACGGUGCUGAACAGAAGAUUGGACCGGGAGAAAAACGAUUACGAGCAAUUGAACGAGUCGUUCAAGAGGGAACGCGAAAAAUCGGCCAAACUGAACGCGAAGCUGCAAAAGCUGGAGCUGGAACGAGUCGGUCUGGCGAGGGUCAAUUCCUACCGGUCGAAAGCUCCGAGGAUCUGCAGCGCAGCGCCGGACGGCAGCAGCAAGGACGACGUCGAUCCCGAGGAGAUGCGAUUGAAGUACGAGCUGCUGCAGGAGGAAUGCCUGACGCUGAAGACGCGCCUGGCUACGCUGCGAAAGGACAAAAGCGCCGAUCUUUUGACUUUCCGGCGGACCCUCGAUCAAACGAGGAAAAUAUUCAAAGAUGCUUACAGGGGAAAAGUGUCGAAUGGCAUCGGCUGUCACUCAGCUCUAACGAUAUAA